UCUCUCUCUCUCUCUCUCUCUCAUUUUUAUUUUUAUAUGAUUCCUCAUCUUUUGUAAACAAGAGCUCUGCUUGAACACUUCUCUUUGUUGUCUCUUCAUUUUCUCUGCAAUGGCUUCAAGUACAAAUGAAAUAGUCCACGAAUUCCUUCCCAUGAUUCGAGUCUACAAAGAUGGUCGAGUUGAAAGACUGGUGGGCAACGACGUCGUCCCGGCAUCAGUGGAUCCUAACACCGGAGUUCAAUCAAAAGACAUCAUAAUCUCACCGGAAAUCGGUGUAGGUGCUCGGCUUUUUCUGCCCAAAAACGCCGAUCCACACCGGAAACUUCCUCUCGUGGUUUACUUUCACGGCGGUGGCUUUGUCAUUGAAAGCGCUUUCUCUCCGACGUUCUAUAAUUAUCUCAAUUCACUAGUAGCAGAAGCAAAUGUCGUGGUAGUGGCUGUCGAUUACAGGCUAGCCCCGGAGCACCCUCUUCCUAUAGCUUAUGAAGAUUCAUGGGUCGGCCUCAAGUGGGUUGCUUCCCAUGUCAAAGGAGAUGGCCAGGAGUCAUGGCUGAAGGACUAUGUUGAUUUUGAACGUGUGUUUUUUGGAGGAGACAGUGCAGGUGGGAACAUAGCACACAACAUGGCCAUGCGGGUCGGGUCAGAGAAAUUUGACGGUAUCAGUAUUGUUGGGUUGUUUUUAAUCCACCCAUUCUUUUGGGGUGAAGAACCAAUUGGUAAUGAAUGUGCUGAUAUCAAAAUUGCUGCCAAAGCUUACGCUGAUAACUUGUGGCGUUUUGUGAACCCAUCGACAGUUGGGUCCAAUGACCCAUUUUUAAAUCCGGCUACUAACCCGAAUCUUUCAAGCCUAGGGUGCACUAGGGUCCUGGUUUUUGUUGCUGAGGAAGACUUGGUGAAAGAUAGGGGUUGGUAUUACAAGGAGGUAUUGGCCAAAAGUGGGUGGAAAGGAAAUGUUGAGGUCAUGGAGGCCAAGGGAGAGAACCAUGUUUUUCAUUUGCUUAAUCCCACUUGUGAAAAUGCUUUGGCUAUGCUCGAGAGAGUUGCCUCCUUUUUGAAUCAAGACAAAGUCUAGGUUUUGGAUGGAAGGAUUGAUUUCUUGUUUAAAUAAUAUCAAUCCAUGUUUAGGGUGAAUGACACUCCUAUACUAUACUUUAAAAGAUCGAAGAUCGAUGUUCAAUAGUGU